AUGGAAGCUCGAUGGAAUUUGGUCUUGCUACUGCUCGGUCUGCUGCAGCUCGCAGCUGGCAACCCCGCGGGCAACGUAAUAGAUUUGGAUGCCUAUUUUGAGAUGGCGGACAGCAGCUCGCAGGAGCGAGUGGUGGGCGGCUACGAUGUGCCCGACGAUGAGUAUGUGCCCUACCAGGUGUCCAUGCAGUUUCUAACGCGCAGCGGCAAAAUGCGGCACUUUUGCGGUGGCUCCUUAAUAGCGCCCAACCGGGUGCUCACCGCGGCGCACUGCGUCAAUGGGCAGAAUGCGAGCCGGAUCAGCGUGGUUGCGGGCAUACGUGAUCUUAAUGACAACACCGGCUUUCGCGCCCUGGUGCAGUCGUACGAGAUGAAUGAGCACUACGAAGAGCUGGUGACCAGCGAUAUAGCCAUACUGAAGAUUGAUCCACCCUUUGAGUUGGAUGGCAAGCGCGUGGGCACCAUCGAUGUAAGCAGCAAUGAGCUGGUUGGAGCUGAUCAGGAAGUGCUGCUUACCGGUUGGGGCUCUGUGUUUCACUUUGGCACCGGACCCUUUGCCAAAUACCCGACCAUACUCCAGAAACUCUCCUACAAGACGCUCGACAAUGCUAAGUGUAAGCAGACGAUGACUCAGCUGACGGAUACGGAGAUUUGUGCGCUGGAACGUUUUGGCAAGGGUGCAUGCAAUGGCGAUUCGGGCGGUCCUUUGGUUAUGGCCAACGGCGAGUCGCUGAAGCAGGUGGGCGUCGUCUCAUAUGGCACUGCCUUCUGCGCCUCAAACAGUCCCGAUGUGUACACUCGCGUCUCCAUGUUUGAUGCUUGGAUUAAAGAGCGCAUGGCCUAG